CCCCACGUGGUUGGAGGUUUCCAGAAACGCUGCAACCACCGAGCUGAGCAGCUCCGGGCGUUCCAGGGCUUCUUUGCUGCUUCCUUUCCCCUCCAAUCCAGCCGCCAUGAUAAGUGCCAGCCGAGCUGCUGCAGCCCGGCUCGUGGGCGCCGCAGCCCCCCGGGUCCCCACGGCCGCCCGCCACCAGGAUGGCUGGAAUGGUUUUAGUCAUGAGGCUUUUAGAAUUGUCUCAAGGCGGGAUUAUGCAUCGGAAGCAAUCAAAGGAGCAGUUGUUGGUAUUGAUUUGGGUACUACCAACUCCUGUGUGGCAGUUAUGGAAGGUAAACAAGCAAAGGUGCUGGAGAAUGCUGAAGGUGCCAGAACCACCCCUUCUGUUGUGGCAUUUACAGCAGAUGGUGAGCGACUUGUUGGCAUGCCUGCCAAACGACAGGCUGUCACCAACCCGAACAAUACAUUCUAUGCCACCAAGCGUUUGAUUGGCCGACGAUAUGAUGACCCUGAAGUACAGAAAGACAUUAAAAACGUUCCCUUUAAAAUUGUCCGUGCCUCCAAUGGCGAUGCCUGGGUUGAGGCUCAUGGAAAACUCUAUUCUCCAAGUCAGAUUGGAGCAUUUGUCUUGAUGAAGAUGAAAGAGACAGCAGAAAAUUACUUGGGACAUACAGCAAAAAAUGCUGUGAUCACAGUCCCAGCUUAUUUCAAUGAUUCACAGAGACAGGCUACUAAGGAUGCUGGGCAGAUAUCUGGACUGAAUGUGCUUAGAGUGAUUAACGAACCCACAGCUGCUGCUCUGGCUUAUGGUCUAGACAAAUCAGAAGACAAAGUCAUUGCUGUAUAUGACUUAGGUGGUGGAACGUUUGAUAUUUCUAUCCUGGAAAUUCAGAAAGGGGUAUUUGAGGUGAAAUCUACCAAUGGGGACACUUUCUUAGGUGGCGAAGACUUUGACCAAGCCUUGCUACAACACAUUGUGAAAGAGUUCAAGAGAGAGACAGGGGUAGAUUUGACCAAAGACAACAUGGCCCUUCAGAGGGUUCGUGAAGCUGCUGAGAAGGCAAAGUGUGAACUCUCCUCUUCUGUUCAGACCGACAUAAAUUUGCCUUAUCUUACAAUGGAUGCUUCUGGACCCAAACAUUUGAAUAUGAAGCUGACUCGGGCUCAGUUUGAGGGGAUUGUCACUGACCUAAUCAGGAGGACUAUUGCUCCAUGCCAGAAAGCUAUGCAAGAUGCAGAAGUCAGCAAGAGUGACAUAGGAGAAGUGAUUCUUGUUGGUGGCAUGACUAGGAUGCCUAAGGUAAUGGGUUCAGCUGUGCAGGAUCUUUUUGGCAGAGCCCCAAGUAAAGCUGUCAAUCCUGAUGAGGCUGUAGCCAUUGGUGCUGCCAUUCAGGGAGGUGUGUUGGCUGGUGAUGUCACAGAUGUAUUGAUCCUGGAUGUCACUCCCCUGUCUUUGGGUAUUGAGACUCUUGGAGGUGUCUUUACCAAACUUAUCAACAGAAACACCACUAUUCCAACCAAGAAAAGUCAGGUGUUUUCUACUGCUGCCGAUGGACAGACUCAAGUGGAGAUUAAAGUGUGUCAGGGUGAGAGAGAGAUGGCUGGUGACAACAAACUUCUUGGACAGUUUACUUUGAUUGGAAUUCCCCCAGCCCCUCGUGGAGUUCCUCAGAUUGAAGUUACAUUUGACAUUGAUGCCAAUGGGAUUGUACAUGUUUCUGCUAAGGAUAAGGGCACAGGACGUGAGCAGCAGAUUGUAAUACAGUCUUCUGGUGGAUUAAGCAAAGAUGAUAUUGAAAAUAUGGUUAAAAAUGCAGAGAAGUAUGCCGAAGAAGACCGGCGAAAGAAGGAACGAGUUGAAGCAGUUAAUAUGGCUGAAGGAAUCAUUCAUGACACUGAAACCAAGAUGGAAGAAUUCAAGGACCAAUUGCCUGCAGAUGAGUGCAACAAGCUGAAAGAAGAGAUUUCCAAAAUGAGGGAGCUCCUGGCUCGAAAAGACAGUGAAACAGGGGAAAACAUAAGGCAGGCGGCAUCCUCCCUUCAGCAGGCAUCACUGAAGCUCUUUGAAAUGGCAUACAAAAAGAUGGCAUCUGAGCGAGAAGGCUCUGGAAGUUCUGGUACUGGGGAACAAAAGGAAGAUCAAAAGGAAGAAAAACAGUAAUAGUAUCUGUAAAUUUGGACAACAUAGUAUGAAGCUUGGGAGUGAAGGAACUUCCUGAGCAAAAAUGGGCCGACUUCAUCUUUUUACUGUGUUUUUGCAGUAUUCUAUAUGUAAUUUCCUUAAUAUGUAAAUGUAGUUAUCAGCAGCUAAUGAUCAUUUAAUGGGCAGUGAUUCCAAACAGUACAAGGCUCACAAUGAUCUGUCCCCAGCCUGUCAUUAUUCAGUUGCAUGUAAAACGAGGGUAUGGAUGAUUAUUGAUCAUUAACAUUGCUUUGCGCUGAAGUGGCCAUAUUUUCAAGGGGUGAAACCUUCUCACACACAAAAUAGCCAUGAGACUGUAUGGGGGAUGUGAUCCUUCUAGUUAAUUACCUACUGCUAUACUGGCCUGUUAGACAUGGGUUCCUUCCGCUGAGGCCUUGCAAGGCAAACCAGCUGUGCCAUGGUUAUAGGUGGAAGCUGGAUCAGUGGAAAAUUAAGCUAGCUAUUUAUGUUAGGUACAGUGUUUAAAACAAGGUAGUAAAGAGGCUCCUUAACUUUCCUAAGGUGUACUUUUCUAGUUACCUUCUGGCCUAUACCUUGCACAUACAUCCUGAUUGUUCUUUUUGAUCCAUUCUGGACUUUUUUAAAAAAUAAAUAUGAAAAAUAUCUUAAUCUCAUUUUUGAGAGUUGAGGCCCUACCCUGUGGUUUAACUUUAAGAAUGACAUAUAUGACUCCGACUUGUGGGAUCUUCCAAGGAACAAAUAACUGGAAUUUCUAACCCUGGUAAAAAAAAAAAAAUACAGGGAAAUUCAAGAUUUGGAAGUAAUAAGUAAUGUUAGCCUAGGCAAGUCUAAUUAUAAGGGGUCCCCCACCAGAAACAGAUUUGGAGUCUUCAAAGUCUAGAUCUCUACCUAGCAUGAAAAUGAAUCUGUUCAGACUGCCAUCAGCUCUAAGUAGAAAAAAAAUCCACCCAGAAUUGACUUAUAUUUUUUAAAAUGUAUCUUUUUGUAGGCCAAAAACAACAAGAACCCAAAUUCUGUUCCUAUUUUUUCUCUUCCAUCUUUGUGUAUUGGGUUCUGAAUUCUCUAAUUGAGUUUCAGUUGUUACACAAUGUCAUUAAGUAUUGAGAGUUUUCUUACCUCCCAAGUCUCCUACAGAUUUCUCAUGUGUCAUGGAUUACUGUCAUGUCUUAAAGGAGUCUGUCAGGAAGGACUUUGAUCAUCAGACAUAAUGCCUUUUUAUAUAUUUUUAAUAUUCGGAAGUGAAAUUGAGUUAUUUUCAAAAUAAUACUCUAAUGUGAAGAAAGUCUUUGGACAACAAUUACAUUCCUAGAAAAUCUGUCGAUUGA